ACACACACACAAAGACGGCGGUCUCUUAAAGGAGCCGCACCCCAUUUUCACUCGUUACAGACACUUGUCAGAUUUUAUUUUAGAGCAGGCAGGAGGUUGACUCAUUUUUUACACAGCAGAAAAGCGCGUGCUUUUACAGGCGUGACGUGGAGCUGAUCCGCGAAUAGCAGCACAUUAUGACGAUGACCAAUCAGAGUCACUUAAGGGCGGGCUUUUCAGAGGAACUAGGAAAUAUGACAGUCGUUUUCAUGUUAGCUGAGUAGCUGUGUAUAAUCAAAGUGAGAUUUAUGAAAAAAUAACGCGAUUUUCUUCAAGUGAAACAUGAGCACACAUUGCUUUGCAUCUUAUAAACACAACCAAGCCUUAAAAUUACAUUCUGGACCACCCCUUUAAAGUAAUCAAUUAUAAACGACUGAUAAUUACUUCAAAAUUGUAAUUUAAUUACAUUACUAAUCACUUCAUCUAAAAAGUAAUCAGAUUACUAAUGACUUUACUUUGAAACUACUUUUAAAACAUAAAAAUACUCUUUCAGUCAUUUCAUUUUUACUGAAAAAAACAUUGAACACAGCAGCUUGACCAAUUCAAAAGAUGUAGAUUUUUCCCAGCAAUGUAAUUAAGAUACAGUAACUCAUUACUGUGGAACGUGUUACACCCAACUCUGUGAUCCUUCACAAAGUCAACUCACAAAGUCUAGCAAGUUUCAUUUCUUUCCUGUCGUCCUUAAUAGAUUCCGUCACAUGGGUGACAUCUAAUCGACCAAUAGGAGCACAGAAUCUCCUCCGUACACAGCUUUUAAAGCGCCAAAACUAAAGAGAGAAGACUGUGCUACUAGAUAGACAAGAAGUUAUGACAACAGUACACUUGCCUGUAUGUGUCAUCGAGAGACUAUCAUGACAGAAUAAAAAGAUAAAUGUUGGCGAUAGAUGGAUUUAGCAGCAAUCGCUUAUGCUUUCAAUCACAAUAGUGACUCAGUGUUUCUCAUACAGGCUUUUUUUUUGUAAUGGUGCAGGUUUUUUUUUAAUAGGAACAUAACUGAAGUAACCGAAUGUCUACAGGAAGUUUUGUUAUCAUUAGAAUUUUAAGUUCCUUAAGCAUUUGUGUGCGUAGGCAAUCUUUGUUUACAGUCAUUGUUGGGAAAUCGCUCCUGCAGCUUCAAAAGCACCUCCUGCUGGCACACAAUGAAUCUACUUAUCUGCUGGUGUCAUUCAGGAAACAUGCGCAUUAAUGGGGAAACUGCUGUCUGUGGGAAACGCACGAUGUGACAAUUACAGAGACGCAUAUUUGUAAUUUACGCGGCUGCUUGAUGACAGCAUUUGCAUUGUAGAUAUUGCGGGAUGAUUAAUCAUGUUAAAAAACAUUGAUAAAACACUGAUCAUGUUUGAUCUCAUCAAAAUCCCACAAUCUGACAGCGAAUCAUAAAAUUGUGUAGUCUGAACUAGGCUUGAAAGUCUAAUCAGGAUGCAAUUAUUUAUGUUAAAGGCAAAACAAACUUUUUAUUUUUUAUUUUAGGAGUCACAAAUCCUUGUUUUAACAUUGAACUUCAGACAGAAAAGAAUGUAGCUGCAGCUUGUUAUAGUUGUUACGAGUCACUUUGUCUUUGGUAGUGCCUUUGUGAACAUACCUCAUGAACAGACCAGGAUUUGGGAUCAGAUGGUAGCAUAUGUAGCUCUUAUUUGGUCAUCUAUGACAUGACAAUAAUAUGACAUAAUUCACUUCAUAACUUUAGGUUUUUAGUGUAUACUUUUAAGUAUAAUAGGUAAGAAAAGCUGCAAAAUGCCUGUUUUCCAUACAGAAAACAUGAUCGAUUAUUGGAUUCAUAAAGGGCCAGAUAUACUUUAAAUGAAAUCAAAGAACUGGUAAGACAAAGUGAAGACACUUCUAAAGAAAAUCAGCUCAAACAGUGUCAUUGAAGUUCAUUUCAGGAGUUUGAAACAGCUUACCAAAAAGCUGUUAACUGCCAUUGGUGUGUGGAUGAUUAUGUAAUUGGUUGCAGUCCACAGAGACUCUUCUGGUACAAGAUGCAUCAUGCCAGGUUUUGCAUCAGUGUCAUGGAAUGUUUAUUAUUAUUUUUUUUUUGGUUCUUGCACAACCAUUUGAGAUCACAUAUUCAAGUAUUUAAGUCUCGAUUUUCACUGUGUAGGGAAAACUCUUGAGAUGACAUUCAUGCACAUGGCUUGUUGUCAAACCUUUAUACAAAAAUAUCAAAUCUAAAUCGAAAAAUCUGACGAAAACCGAAGGAUGUUUGCAUUGCCUUUGUCCCUCUUCUGCAGAGAGUUCUUGCAUUAUUACUAACCUCUCACUUCACACACCUCUGCCUUUCCAGCUUUGACCAACACAUUUAGAACUCACGUGGCUUGUUUAACAUUACAAAAUGUAAAUAUUCUAGAAAAAAAGAGCAAAAUUUGAAAAACCAAAGACAUUGGUUUGUGUUUGUAGAGGAUACUUUGAGUAUUAUGGUUUCAAUAAAAAAAACCUUUUUGUACAAAAAAGAGCUGCUUUUGAUGCAUACAGACACUUAUAAAAAAUGCACGCACACACACACACAUUUGUUUUUGUGAAAAGUGGAGGCAUUACAUAGGUUUCUAUUCAUUUUAUACUGUCCAAACCAUAUAUUGUAUCGCCCUCACCCCACCCUACCCCUAAACCCAACCAUCACAGGAGACUGUGUGCAGCUUUACUCUCUGAUUAAACUCAUCCUGUAGGAUUUAUUAGCAUUUUGAGAAACGAAGACGUCACCAAUGUCCUCAUAUUUCACCUCCUUUUUGUAAUACCUGUGUCAUACCCAUGUCAUUAUACAGAUUUGUGUCCUGAUAUGUCACAAAAACACGUACACACACACACACACACACACACACUACGCAAGUAACUGUUUUCUCUGUGACUAGAUAAUUUAUUUCUAGGCAUUUAUAAUAAGUUUGUAGUUCACUUCUAGUCACAGGACCAUACAUUUCUGUUACACAAACAACCCAGGAACAAAGGGUACGAGUUUGGGUGCAAUAUCCUCAAGGUCUCCUACCUAUUCAGUCUGUGAGCUGUUAAUGAUCAAUGUGUUCCAUCGCCGCAGCACUUCAAGUGGAUUCUGAUGGCAGUAAAUGAGAGAACUGCUUGAUUCUUGUACAUUCAAGUGGCGAAACUGCAAUUAGUUCCAUUUGAUUGCUGUUAGGCUGCUUCCUAUAGCUAAAAUCGCCCUGUGGAGGUACUGUUAAUGAUUUCUAAAGCAGGGGGAGCACGGUUGCAAUGGGGAGGGGAGGCGGUGCGAUGUGCUAGAACAUAACAUUUGGUUUAAAGAUCUUUUGAGUUUUUCCAUUUGCUCAUUGUGCUACUGGAAACCCGAAGGUUACGGAAUUGGGAGCAAUGUGCGUCUUCUUUCUCUGCUUGCUACCUUCUCUGCUGCUGGUCCUGCUAAAGCUUUUGCUUAGAUGGACCUGGAUUUGUCAUCUAGCAGACAGUACUGUUCAGCAGUCGGGCCGCUGUGUGUGGGUCACGGCCUGUAGACUCCUAAAACUGCCCUACCUUACAGUAUCAGAAGACAUGGGAGAAUGUCAGAAUGGGAUCAGACUGAUCUGUAAACCCACAGCCCUUGCCAACCACCUGAAGAAACACUGCCAAGCUUUGUCGCAUCCUCCACUGGCAAGGUGGCCUCAUGAUGACCCUCAUCGUCAGAUCAUCACCAAUCUCAUGUGGCCCACAAAGGAAGGUGUUGAACUGCAAGCAGGAGUUCGCUUUACCAGGGAUAACCUUCUCCUAGAGGACGGGGGUAUUGUAGCCAUGGACUGGGCCGUGUGUCUUGCUGACCACCAAGCACAUUUUAAAAGAGAUCAUCAUCUUGGAGGAAGAGCUUCGGGGGGUCUCCCAAGCAGUCUGGCUAUUGUUAUUAUAAUUCCCAAUGCCCUGGGCAGAGUAACGCCGCACUUGCUCAGACUCUGCAACCAGGCUUUGCAAGAGGGUUUCUAUCCAGUGGUGUUCCAUCGUCGUGGUCACGGUGGUUGUCCAUUGACCACUCCACACUACCAAGAGUUUGGAAAUCCCUCAGAUCUGGUCCAAGCGGUGGCUUACUUGAGAAGUCAUCAUCCAUCCUCAACUUUGUUUGCAGUAAGCGAGGGCUCAGGAUCUGGGUUGCUGCUGUCCUAUCUUGGGGAAUGCGGCUCUUCAUCCUACCUUACGGCAGCUGCUUGCAUAUCUCCUGUUUUUCAUGGACAACUGUGGUUUGAAAACAAGCCUCCAUGGUUGUACCACUGGACAGACCUCAUCUACCGCAAGCUUCAGAUAAACAGAUACGCCACUGCUUUGAGCUCUGUAAUGGAUGUAGCAAAAAUUCUACGCUGCAGCUCCCUGAGAGACAUGGAAGAGCUCAUGUUCUGUGCUACCAAGCAGCCGGAUCACAGAUCGUCAGACUCUGUGGACUAUUCAAGAUCCUCUCAGAAGCCUGACUGGACCUGUUACUGGGAAAAGAAUGAGCCUUUGCGAGACGCGGACGAAGUGGCAGUGCCAGUGCUAUGCUUGUGUAGCCAAGAUGAUCCUCUUCUUCCACCCGUCUCCACUAUACCGGAGGCACUGUUUCACAACAGCCCUUACUUCCUGCUGGCCUUAACGGAACAGGGAGGCCACUGCAGCUUCAUGCAUGAGGAUGGACGUGGAGGCGCUACAUCCUGGAGUCACUCUGGGGUGUUGGAAUACUUCAGAAUAGUUGCUGAUUUCUUCAGGGUGGAGGAGAAGAAAGGGUUGAAAGAUGUUGCUGCACACUUUGGCAGCCAGGGCCUGAAGCAUAGCGCGAGUGCAGUCUUUUCUAAGAGGAGGAGGUCAACCUUGCUCCGCAAAGAAAGACCAAUCUUAGGCUCACGAAGACGACAGGUCUCAACUCCCUCGGAUACCUUCGAAGAGGACCAGGAGGUUUUUACUUGGAACAGAUCCUACACCCGCUAAGUGAGAGAAGCAUGUAGUGUAGUGUUCUGCUAAUGCCAAACAUCCUUCCAUAAUGCACAGAACAUACUCAAGGCAGCCAACGUUAUAGAUUAAAAAGAAGACAACAAGAAAUAAUGAUUCACAGAAAGGACAUGUACUGAAUAGCAAGGGGCUUAAUUAAGCCGACACCUAAAGAUUUUAAGUCCAACUUGCCUUAACAGACCUGCAAGGAUGUUUCUAGAAAGCCUAGUAUUUUAUGAUUAGUUAACGCAGGUGUGUCUGAUUGGGGUUGGAACUGAACUUUGAGGACACUGGCCCUCCUGAGCUAAGUUUGGACACCCCUGGAUGCUAUAUUUAGCGAUCCUAUAGUCUUUGCACAAACUAAUCACUUGGAACCAACUGGAAAAGACCUUUUCCUCUCAGUAAACAUGAUUGAACAAUAA